ACAACCAUCCUACUUGUGUUUCUUUUGGGAUUCAACUCUGCAAGGAACAAAGCACAGCCAUGGUUUCUCAGGGGAUCCAGAUCAUUGGCAUGGCCAUGGCUUUGAUCGGCUGGCUUCUGGUCAUGGUGGUGUGCGGGUUGCCCAUGUGGAAGGUCACUGCCUUCAUCGGUGCCAACAUCAUCACGGCACAGAAUAUCUGGCAGGGCAUGUGGAUGAACUGCGUGGUUCAGAGCACAGGCCAGAUGCAAUGCAAAGUGUAUGACUCCAUGCUGGCGCUGCCUCAGGACCUGCAGGCUGGUCGCGCCAUGAUCAUCAUUUCCAUCCUGGCUGGGGUCUUUGGCAUGGUGUUGUCCAUCGCUGGUGGGAAAUGCACCAAUUGCAUUGAGGAUGAGCGAUCCAAAGCGAGGAUUUGCAUCCUGUCUGGAAUUUUCUUCAUCGUCUCGGGGUUGCUCUGCCUUAUUCCCGUGUCGUGGACAGCCCACACCGUCAUCGUCAACUUUUACAACCCGCUGCAGGUGGCCCAGAAGUAUGAGUUAGGAGCGGCCCUGUACAUCGGCUGGGCAGCCUCUGCACUGCUGCUGAUGGGAGGGGGGCUGCUGUGCUGGAACUGCCCCCCCAAAAAUGAACAGUACCACUAUGUGCCCAAAUUCACACCUGUGAAGUCCAGUGCUUCAACAAGAGAAUAUGUAUAAGAUGCAUUACAUUUCCUAUGUGGAUGCUGGAGGUCAAACACAAUGGCUACAAUUCUCCAACACCAGAGGUCAACACAUUGACUGGAAAAGUGUUCACAUCUUCAGAUCAACCGCUGCAACAGUAUGAUGAUUUUUAUUUGUAUCUUUAUUUCUCACAGCUUCUUUGUCAUCAUUAUAUUAGCAACUAACAACGUGAAUAAGGUUAGAUUCCCUGAUUUGAGGCCCUCGGACUGUGAUUCCUGGAUCACUCAACCAUCUAAAUGGAACUGAGCCGUCUACAUAUCUGCCAACAGAAAGACUGGAGCCAGUUAAAUAGGAACUACACUCAAAAAUCAAGGCAAAAUUGGUUGUUGGAAUUAUACAUCCAUGUGACAAAAGCAGGAUGUGCUGAGUGUUAAAGUCUUGUGUAUGAUGGUUGGAAAUAUUUGAAAUGGGCAACUUCAAUAACUGUCAUCUAGAAAUGUUUUUUGUGGCAAUUCAUUAAAUGAAUAAUGGAGGAAAUUAUGUAACACUUUCCUAAUCUGUGGUGACUGAAUUAUCACUGCACACAAUAGUAGUUGGAAUUAAAAACACUAUGCUAAGAAUCUGUUCUUUUUUGUAAAGCUGUUGUAAAAACUUUUUAUUUGCAUUUUGAUGCAACAGUAAUUGUUCCUAAUUCAUGUUGAUGCAGGUUAUAUUUCUGUACUUCUGAAGCUUGUAAUCUUCUGAAUCUGUAAAAAAAAAAACGAUAAUCUCACUGGUGGAUGAGUGUUAAAGUACUUGUAAGACAACCCAAGAAAAGA